GCGCUAUGGCUGCUCCGGGCGCCGGGGCGCCGCCUGAGGAGACCUUGUCUCUCUGGAAACGGGAGCAAGCCCGGCUAAAGGCCCGCGUCGUAGACUGGGACACGGAGGCGUGGCAGCGGAACCCGGACUUCUCUGGUCUUCAGAGGGUCGGGGGCGUGGACGUGUCCUUUGUGAAAGGGGACAGUGUCAACGCCUGUGCCUCCCUGGUGGUGCUCAGCUACCCGGAGCUCAAGGUGGUGUACGAGGAGUGUCGCAUGGUGAACCUGAAGGCCCCCUAUGUGUCAGGAUUCCUGGCCUUCCGAGAAGUGCCCUUCCUGGCAGAGGCCGUGCAGCGGCUGCAAGAGAAGGAGCCCAGCUUAAUGCCCCAGGUUCUUCUUGUGGAUGGAAACGGGGUGCUCCACCAGCGAGGCUUCGGGGUGGCCUGCCACCUGGGCAUCCUCACAGACUUGCCCUGCGUCGGGGUGGCCAAGAAGCUCCUGCAGGUGGAUGGGCUGGAGAAGAGUGACCAGCACAAGGAGAAGGUUCGAUGCCUACGCGCUGCAGGAGCCACAUUUCCCCUGGUAGGGGACUCGGGGACCAUCCUCGGAAUGGCCCUGAAGAGCCACGACCGCAGCAUCAACCCCCUGUAUGUCUCUGUGGGCCACAAGAUAAGCCUGGAGACCGCCGUGCACCUGACCCACGCCUGCUGUAGGUUCCGCAUCCCAGAGCCCGUGCGCCAGGCUGACAUCCGCUCCCGAGAGUACAUUCGCAGGAACCAAGGGCUCCCAGGAGCCCCUGCCCUGGGGCAGGAGAGGACCCUGAAGGCACAGUGGCAGGAGGUGUGUCCCCCAGGAGGCUCAGCGGAGCCCACGGACAAGGGCAGACCCCCUGAGCACCUCGGCCCAGGCCCUGGGGCAGACCCGGAUGCUCCCACUCAGGCUCCCAGGGACAGCGAGGCUGAGACGGGACCAGUUGGAGUUGGGCCCCGUGAAGGCCCAUGCGCCAUCUGUGAGUGAGCUCGCGGACUGUGAGGAGCUGGACCGCCUCAGCAGCAGUUCUCUUGGGAGUGGAAUUGCUGGGCCACAUGAUAACUCAUAUGAUUGUACUCCCAGAAGCUGGACGAUGUGAAGAAGAACAUGGCAUCGGGUUGCAGGAAGGCUAGACGCUAACUCAACCCUGCUUGCUGAAAGCGAGGAGGACUUGAAGCCCUCCCUGGUGAGGAGCCAAGACCACAGCCUGCAGAAUGGACGGCACCUCAGUGGACAGAAACCCCGACCCUCACAACUGAGCCAGUAGUGGAAACAUGGUACGUGGAAAAGAUGGACGUUGUCAAGGACUUCAUUUUACUUGGAUCCCCAGUCAACACUCAUGGAAGAAGCAGCCAGGUAG